AGCUGCUGAACUUGACGGUGGGCCGUGCGGGCAUGACGGCGGCGGCGGCUCCGGGGGGCGUGGGCCCCGGCCUGGACGCUCGGCUGGGCCAGGAGACGGAGCGGUGGCUGCGAUGGGACAAGAAUCCUUUAACUUUGGCGUCAGUGAAAAAACUGAUUGCAGAAGGUAACCAGGAAGAGCUGCAGGCGUGUUUUGGAGCGCGGAUGGAGUUUGGGACAGCUGGCCUGCGCGCCGCCAUGGGACCCGGGGUUUCUCGCAUGAACGACUUGACCAUCAUCCAGACUACUCAGGGAUUUUGCAGAUACCUGGAAAAGCAAUUCAGUGACCUGAAACAAAGAGGUGUCGUGAUCAGCUUUGAUGCUCGAGCUCAUCCAUCAAGUGGAGGCAACAGCAAAAGAUUUGCCCGACUUGCUGCAACCACAUUUGUCAGUCAGGGGAUCCCUGUGUACCUCUUUUCUGAUAUCACUCCAACCCCCUUUGUGCCCUACACAGUAUCACACUUGAAACUUUGUGCAGGAAUCAUGGUAACAGCCUCUCAUAACCCGAAGCAGGAUAACGGUUAUAAGGUCUACUGGGAUAAUGGAGCGCAGAUCAUCUCUCCACAUGAUAAAGGAAUUUCUCAAGCUAUCGAAGAAAAUCUAGAGCCAUGGCCUCAGGCUUGGGACGAUUCUGUAAUUAAUGGCAAUCCGCUUCUUCAUGACCCAAGUGCUUCUAUCAAUAAGGACUACUUUGAAGACCUUAAAAAAUACUGUUUCCACAGGAGUGUGAACAGGGAGGCCAAGGUGAAGUUCGUGCACACCUCUGUCCACGGUGUGGGGCAUAAGUUUGUGCAGUCAGCCUUUAGGGCUUUUGACUUUGUUCCUCCGGAGCCUGUUCCCGAACAGAAAGAUCCUGACCCUGAGUUCCCAACAGUGAAAUACCCAAACCCUGAGGAGGGAAAAGGUGUCUUGACUUUAUCUUUUGCCUUGGCUGACAAAACUAAGGCCAGAAUUGUUUUAGCAAAUGAUCCAGAUGCUGAUAGACUUGCUGUGGCAGAAAAACAGGACAAUGGUGAAUGGAGAGUGUUUUCAGGCAAUGAAUUGGGGGCCCUUUUAGGCUGGUGGCUUUUUACAUCAUGGAAAGAAAAGAACCAAGAUCUCAGUGCCCUUAAAGACACAUACAUGUUGUCCAGCACCGUCUCCUCCAAAAUCUUGCGGGCCAUUGCCUUAAAGGAGGGUUUUCAUUUUGAGGAAACAUUAACUGGCUUUAAGUGGAUGGGAAACCGAGCGAAACAGCUAAUAGAACAAGGGAAAAAUGUCUUAUUCGCAUUCGAGGAAGCUAUUGGAUACAUGUGCUGUCCUUUCGUUCUGGACAAGGAUGGAGUCAGUGCCGCUGCCAUCACUGCAGAGUUAGCUAGCUUUCUAGCAACCAAGAAUCUGUCUUUGUCGCAACAGCUGAAGGCCAUCUACGUUGAGUAUGGUUACCAUAUUACCAAAGCUUCAUAUUUUAUCUGCCAUGAUCCAGAGACCAUUAAGAAAUUAUUUGAGAAUCUUAGAAACUAUGAUGGAAAGAAUAAUUACCCUAAAACUUGUGGCAAAUUUAAAAUUUCUGGCAUUAGGGACCUUACAACUGGUUAUGACGAUAGUCAACCUGAUAAAAAAGCUGUUCUUCCUACUAGUUCAAGCAGCCAGAUGAUCACCUUUACCUUUGCUAAUGGAGGAGUGGCCACCAUUCGAACCAGCGGGACUGAGCCCAAAAUCAAGUAUUACUCGGAACUGUGUGCCCCCCCUGGAAACAGCGAUCCUGAGCAGCUGAAGAAAGAACUAAAUGAACUGGUCAUUGCGAUUGAAGAACAUUUUUUCCAACCACAAAAGUAUAAUCUGCAGCCAAAGACAGAGUAAAAUACUUUAACUUUGUGCACAGUUACAUUUAUCGGCAAUUAGCUUGAACAUGAUUUGUUAAGCAGUAUUUUUCAGGGCCAAAUGAUUAAAGUACCACAGGAAGUAUUUAUAUAUUUGUAAUAGACCUACCAUUCCUCAUUGUUUUAUAUUUGAUCUAGGUG